AAAACCCCGGCAGAUCCAAGCCUUCGAGCUUCGCAUGAACAUCAUCGCUGACGCCACCAUCGAUCUGCUCUUCACCAAAAACAGGGAAACCAAUGCCAUCCAUGUGAACGUAGGCGCUGGCUCCUACCUGGAAGUCAACAUCCCCAUGACUGUGGGAGAGAAUGGCUACUCCCCCAACAUCAAAGGCCAGCUGCUGCACGUGGACACCACCAGCAGCAUGCAGUACCGGACGCUGCUGGAGGCCGAGAUGCUUGGCGUUCCACGUGAUCGCCAGUUACCCCUGCGUGUGGAACAUGCCCCAGUCCUGGCAGUGCGAGAUCGAGGUCUACAAGGCCACGUACCACUUUAUCUACGCCCAGAAGAACUUCUUCACAGAUCUGAUCAAGGACUGGGCAAGCGACAGCGCGCCGGAUAUCUACUCCUUUGUUCCGUAUUCCUGGAAGUUUAAGAUCUUAUUCCACCAGUUUGAGAUGAUUUGGGCAGCGAACCAGCACAACUGGAUCGACUGCUCCACCAAGCAGCAGGAGAACGUGUACCUGGCGGCCUGCGGCGAGACGCUCAACAUCGACUUCACGCUUCCUUUCACCGAGUUCGUCCCCGCCACCUGCCACACCCGCUUCAGCCUGAGGGCCGAGGACACGGACAUGCGGCUGUCGCUACCAGAGUGCCAUCCCAGCCGCUACCCACUGCUCACCCUGGCCAAGGACUACCAGAGCGUCAAGCUGCCCGGCGACGGCGCGGCGUCCGGAGACGGCCAGGGAGCCCCGUCCUCCAAAACCAGCAAGCCGCGCUGGAGGAACAUCACCAAAGCAGAGGCCGGCUGGGUGGACUGCUGGAGCGUCCCAAACUUCCUGCUCAUCAUCGACUACACAUGGCAUCCCAUCUACCCCCAGAAGGCGGACGAGCAGCUCAAGCAGUCGUUCUCAGAGAUAGAGGAGUCCAUGCUGUCUGCGAUCCGCCCCCCCGACCAGGGCGCGGUGCCACGUUUCCCCUGCGGCGCCGCCCCGGCCGCGCGGCUCUCCGCCGACCCGUCGGACCUGCCGCCCGACCGGCUGCAGGUGGAGAUGGAAAUGUCUCCGGACUCCCAGAUCCUCCUGUACGGGCCUCUGCUGCGUGCCCUCAUCGCCAUCAAGGAGAACUACUUCGGGGAGGACGACAUGUACACGGACUUUGAGGAGGCCGUGUCCAGCCCGGUGCCGUCCUCGGCCACCUCGUCGGGCCUCGGCUACUCUUCGUCUCCUGGUGCGGAGGACGGCGCACACGGCCACCCCCUGGACCUGCGGCCCUGGGAUAUCACCGUACUGAUCAACCUCUACAAGGUCCACGGCCGGCUGCCAGUGCACUGCAGCAGUGAAGGUCCAGAAGGCCCGUCCGGCUUCCUGGAGCGCCUCUGCUUCGAGAUGAAGAAAGGCUACAAGGAGACGAUGCUGCAGAUGAUCCUGUCGCCCAUUCACAUCUUCGUCAGCGACAACUACCAGCGCCCCACGGCGGACGGCGUGCUGAGAGACGGACACCUGAGUCUGUCCGGGCUGCAGAUGAGGGCGCACGCCAUGUUUUCAGCUCAGGGUCUCCCUCUGGGCAGCGACACGCUGGAGUACGCUUGGCUCAUCGACAUGCAGGCCGGGGCGCUGACCGGCAGGGUCACGGUUCCUCAGCUGGCUAGCAUGGUUGAGUGGGCAGAGACGUUCGUUUUCCACGUGGUUUCCAGAGAGUUCCAGCUGGAGCAACCCAAACCCUCCAUCAUCUGCCAGCACGGCGUGGACCGCCGCAUCUGUGCUGACAAGCUGGGCCGCCUGCCUGGCCACUGCCGCACCUCCGAGGAGCUGAAGUACACCAUGACCCGUCUGGCGCUGGACGGAGUCGACCUCUUCGUCGUGGAGCACGGCUGUGCCGCCAGCGUCAAGACGGCCGCCGUCCGGGUCGCCACCUGCAACCUGCACAACCAGGCGGUGGGGGAGGGCAUCAGCGCCGUGGUGCAGGACGUCAACAUGCGGCAGUACAUCGAGCAGCAGCAGCCGGGUCAGGGGCAGCCUCCCCUGCUGCGCCGCUCCGUCUGGCUGGAGGCGGGCUCGGUCAACCUCAACCUCAUCACGGCAGACAUCGCGCUGGCGGCCGAUCACCCAGCCAAGUGUGACGUCCAGAGACACUUCCUGGAGCUGCACGACGCGCAGACCAGAAGGCUCUGGUUUCUGUGGCCCGAUGACGCCAGCCUGCGCAGUAAGCGCAGCCGGAACCGCUGCGGCUGCCUGGGUGGCUGCAGGUUCUUCGGAGGAACCAACAUGGGUCUGGAUUUCUUCAGGCUGGAGGAGCUGACACCGUCGUCCUCGUCUGCCUUCUCCUCUUCCAGCGCCGAGUCCGACAUGAGCUACGGUCAGUCGCUGCUGCAGCCCACCGAGUGGAUCGUCACCAAGGAGACGCCCAAAGUGGACGGUAAAGUGGUCGGGCUGAAGCGGGACACGCACUCCCCCUGCCUGCCACCGGAGGUGCCAGAGAGGCGCGGCCAGCAGCACCUGAGCCUCCAGGUGCCCCAGCGCUCCCACAGCUCCGCCUCCUCCUCCGAGGAGAACAGCUCCUCCAGCGCCGCGCUGCCCCUGCUGGCAGGAGAGAGAGACUCUCGCCGCCUCCUAGCGCCGAGGAGCGCCGCUUCCCUCUCAGCGCCAGAACCCACGCCGACGCGCUGGGCGACGUCCCCGAGGCGUCCCCCCUGUCCCCCGGCUCCCAGGACCGCGCCUCGGUGCGUUCGCCGCUCUGCUCGCCGCUGCGCCGCCAGUCUUCGGUCCAUUCGGGUCGGCUGGGCAGCACCAAGAGCCUGUCGGCCGCCGUGUUCGCGACAAGCCGCCAGUCGCUAUGACCUCCGCCGGCGGUGGCGGCGGAGGCGUCCAAUUCAGCAGCGAGGUUUCGCGUAGCGACGAGAACGUCCUGGACUCGCCCCGGCAGCGGCGCAGCUACGGCUCGUUCCCCUUCACGCCGUCGGCCGACUCCAGCACCUUCCACCAGUACCGCUCGGCCGACUCCAGCAUG